AUGAAUUGGGUUGAUUCAAACUAUUAGCCAGAAGAUUCAAUAGGAAAAUUGUAUUUCUAAUAAUUUGUUGACAAUUCAAAUUACAUUCAAUAUGCACUUGAAAAAGCUGAAAUAUCAAAAGUUUUAAAGUAAGCUUUACCAGAAGAGGAGAAAUCUAAAGUCCCAGAAGAUGAAGAUCAAUUAAAUUACUAUACUAAUAUGCUUUAUGAAUUUAGUGAAUUUACUAAAAUAAGAAGGCAAUAUUAUUAUUAUGAUAAAUCUUAAUUACCGUUCAUUUCUGAAAUAAUUGAUAGUGAUACCCAAUUAGAAAAAUCAAAAGCAUUAAAAACUAAUGCUAGUGUUCAGAUGCUUUAUAAAUAAUAAACAAAUGAAAAUGAAUCUACAACAAUAUGUAGAUCAGCAUUAAUGAAGACUAAAUAUUCAGAUAAUGGAUUAUCUACUAGAUUUUAAACUGAAUCAGAAGGAUUCUCUUAACCUAAAGUUCAAAUUUCAUAGGAAAGAAAAUUAAAAAAAUAACUUAAUAAAGAAGAUAUUACUUUAUAAGUUUAUUAUGGUAAUGCAAUAGAAAAGUCAGUUAAAUUAUAAGAGUUACAAGACUUAGCUGAAUAGCAUAAUCAAGAUUUAGCAUAAUAAUAAAUUAACACUUUUUCAUUUGAUAAAACAUUAAAAUAAUCUAAAUAAUAAAUUUGUAAUAUUUUAUAAUAAUAUUAGAAUUUAAAAAAAUUUUCGGUUGUAUUGGUGUUAAGAAAGAUCCUUUUUAACAUGAAACAAGAGAAUCAAGAAAGAGAAUGAAGAAACAAUAAGCUAAAAACAUUAAUUAAUUACAAUAACUUUUAAGUUUACAACUCUAAAUCAAAGCCAAAACUGAACAAUCUUAAUUAUUAGAAUAAUAUAAUAAUCAGAGAAAAGGGAAAUUUUAAUCUGCACCUAAUAUUUUUUAAAAAUUUAAUAAUACGCAUAGACAUACAAAAACUGUUAAAGUAGAUGAAAAAUCUAUAAUUAAUAAUAAUAAAGAAUUUAGUAAAGAAAUAAACAGUUAAAAUAAAACACAAGAUGAAGAAUAAUUAAUUAGAGAUAUUAGUAUUAAUACUAAAGAAACAAUUAAGUAAUUUAUGGAUGAAAAAGAGAGUUUAAUUUAAUCUAAACCAUUUUCAACUAGAAGAUCAUCUUAAACUAAUACAAUUAAGUAAUAAUUUAUUAUAGAAAUAGAAAUAAUUUAUUAUUUGAAAAAUUAAUAUCAUAAAAUAACAGUUUGGCUCUUACAACAGAUCGAAUUAGUUAUUCAAAAAAAAUAAAUUCUUUAAAAACUUUAUUAGAGGUUCCAAAAAAUAAUUCUAAUCAAAAGAAAAUGACAACUAUUUUAUCAACAAUCAGUCCCAGAUCUGCUAGUAAAAUGGGUUCACAUACAAAUCUACCUAUAUGUUGA